UGUGGAGGUUUUUGUGCAGACAGCAGCCCGGAAUAGUUAGCAUUGGACUGAUUUCUGCCACACAGUUCCCUUUGUGAGCACUUUUUCUGUCUUUAGUUUGGUGACCUGUGUACAGCAUCGUAUACAAUGUGUGGAAUUUUUGCAUACCUGAACUACUGUGUUCCACGUACCAGAAGAGAAAUUAUAGAGACUCUCAUAGUGGGACUACAAAGACUAGAAUAUAGGGGAUACGAUUCAGCAGGUGUGGCCUUGGAUAGAAAUAAUAAUGAAGACAAAGAAAGACAUAUCAAGCUGAUCAAGAAAAAGGGAAAAGUGAAGGCUCUGAAUGAAGAACUUAAUAAACAAGACGGACUGGAUUUAAAGGAAGAAUUCAAAACACAUUUUGGCAUUGCGCACACACGUUGGGCAACACAUGGAGUACCUAAUGCUGUUAAUAGCCAUCCGCAACGCUCUGAUGAAAAUAAUGAAUUUGUGGUUAUUCAUAAUGGAAUCAUUACAAAUUAUAAGGAUUUGAGAAAAUUUCUGGAAAUCAAAGGAUAUGAGUUUGAGUCAGAAACAGAUACUGAAGUCAUCCCAAAAUUAAUAAAAUAUGUCUAUGACAACAGAGAAAGUGAAGACAUCAGUUUUUCAACUUUGGUGGAGCGAGUUAUACAACAACUUGAAGGAGCUUUUGCACUGGUUUUCAAGAGUAUCCAUUAUCCAGGCGAAGCAGUGGCCACAAGGAGAGGAAGCCCUCUGUUAAUUGGUGUCCGCAGCAAGUAUAAGCUCUCAACUGAACAAAUUCCUGUAGUCUAUAGGACGUUAUCCCAGAGCACUUACACUUUGGACACAAACUGUAGCAAAUCUACCAAAGCUACAUCUAUUGGCCAUUUGGAAGAUGUACUCAUAGAAAACAACAUUGACAACAGGAAAAUUAUACCCAAAGCCAAGAGAAUGGACAGCUCCACAUGUCUCUAUCCAGUGGGAGCAGAAAAAUCUGUAGAAUUUUUCUUUGCAUCUGAUGCAAGUGCGAUAAUUGAACACACCAACAAGGUAAUUUUUCUUGAAGACGGUGAUGUAGCAUCUGUUGCAGAUGGAAAACUUUCCAUUCAUCGUAUUAAACGCUCAACAGGUGAUGAUCCCUCACGUGCAAUCCAGACCUUGCAGAUGGAGAUGCAGCAAAUUAUGAAAGGUAAUUACAGUGCCUUCAUGCAAAAAGAAAUCUUCGAGCAGCCAGAAUCUGUUGUUAACACCAUGCGAGGAAGAUUAAAUUAUGAGACCAAUACAGUUCUGCUGGGAGGUCUGAAAGAUCACCUGAAGGAAUUUAAACGAUGCAGAAGACUGAUCUUGAUUGGCUGUGGAACAAGUUAUCAUGCUGCCAUUGCUACACGUCAAGUAUUAGAAGAACUCACUGAAUUGCCUGUGAUGGUAGAGCUUGCUAGUGACUUCCUUGACAGGAAUACACCAGUUUUCAGAGAUGAUGUAUGUUUCUUUAUAAGUCAGUCAGGGGAAACUGCAGAUAGUCUCAUGGCAUUAAGAUACUGCAAGGAGCGAGGAGCACUAACCUGUGGUAUCACUAAUACAGUAGGAAGUUCAAUUUCAAGAGAAACAGACUGUGGAGUGCACAUUAAUGCAGGUCCAGAGAUUGGUGUCGCCAGCACAAAGGCAUACACAAGUCAGUUCAUUGCUUUAGUUAUGUUUGGUCUAAUGAUGUCUGAAGAUCGUAUUUCAAUGCAAGACCGGAGACAGGAAAUUAUAGAUGGUCUCAACUCUUUACCCAAAUUGAUUAAAGAAGUUUUGUCUUUGGACGAGAAAAUUAAUGACUUGGCUCAUGAACUUUACAAACAAAAGUCUCUUCUAGUAAUGGGACGUGGCUAUAAUUAUGCUACAUGCUUGGAAGGAGCACUUAAAAUUAAAGAAAUUACCUACAUGCACUCUGAAGGAAUUAUGGCCGGUGAACUGAAGCAUGGACCACUGGCCCUAAUAGAUAAACAGAUGCCAGUUAUUAUGGUCAUCAUGAAAGAUCCCUGUUAUUCGAAAUGCCAGAAUGCACUACAACAGGUGGUGGCACGCCAGGGGUGUCCAAUCAUUCUUUGUGUAAAGGAUGAUACUGAAAGCAGGAAACUAGCCUACAAAACGAUUGAACUACCGCACACUGUGGACUGUCUGCAAGGAAUUUUAUGUGUAAUCCCAUUGCAGUUGCUGUCUUUCCACUUGGCAGUGCUCAGAGGAUAUGAUGUUGAUUUUCCAAGGAAUCUUGCUAAAUCUGUGACCGUGGAAUAAAUAUUUAUACAUUAAUAGACGGUAUUCUGUUGAUGUAUAUAAAUAAUUUUAGCAUGCAUUUUAACAUUUGGUAUAAAAGAUAUAGUAGUUUUAUACAUAUAUGUUGUCUGCUUUUUAUGUCCUUUAUACCUAAGUGAAUAUUUUUAUUGUAAACUUUCUUUUAUAUACUUAAGUGCCAAAGAAGGGAACUGUUUACAUUUACUGUUGUGCAAUAUAUGAAUACUCUUCUGUUCAGGAUGACUGUGAACACGUUUGUAUAAUCAUUUUACUUUUUCAAAUAUUUUAAAGUAUUUAUAAAAAUGUAUAGUUAAGUUAUUUUUGUUUGUUUUCAUAUCAUGUUUAAUUUUGAACAGCAUUACUGAGAAAAAAAAGAAUAAUUUGCAAAGUGCAUUAAUGUAAAGCAAUUAAAGGGAUAUGAAACCCAAACAUUUUCAUUGGUGAUUCAGACAGAGCAUACCAUUUUAAUAAAAAGUUUCCAAUGUGCUUCUUUGUCAUAUAGUGCUCUUGCAAAUGCAUAAUAUUCUUGCAAAAGUGCUGCCAUAUAGUGCUCCGGAAAUGGGCCUGCUCCUAAGCAUAUGUCCCUGCUUUUCAACAAAAGAUACUAAGAGAACGAAGAAAAUUGAUAUUAAAAAUAAAUUAGAAAGUUGUUUAAAAUCGAAUGCUCUGAAUCAUGAAAGAAAAAAUUUAGGUUUCAUAUCCUUUAAUGAAUCUCAGCAGUGAACAAACUAUUUUUGUAAUAAUUGUUUUUAUUGAAUUUUCAAGAUUAAAAAAAAACAAAAAAAAACAAUAUUUAACCCAACAUGGGAAAUAUAACAUGAAAUAAUUAAAGGCGUAUCCAAACAGAGAAAGCAUGACUGUGAUUUUUGUCUUGAGUGAACAAAUUAUUUUCAGAUUUAAUUUUUCCAAAUAAACUGAUUCUUACAUGA